AGGAGCGAUUAACUUACGGCAGGUGUAAAAUACGAUAGUAAAAUGGUAUUUUAGAGGCGGGUCGAAGCUGUCAACGGCAGUCUGUUUUACUGUUUUGAGAAGUGCGGAUCGUGUUCACAAGUUAAGGACAUAUUUUUUUUGCAAGAAAAAUAUUUGGAAUAAAAAAGACUGUUUAAUGUAAUAUGUAUUGAACUGUUGACAUUUGGAUACAAAUUAUUAAAUAUAAUUUAAUUCAUAUACAGAUCUUGGUGGGACUUUAUAAUGUUGGGUGCAAAGAAACAACAGUUUUACGUGCAGUUCCUCGGAUGGGUUGAGACAAGUGGUCUGCGCGGGGUUCGAUACACAGACCCAGUUAUUAACGACUUACGGCGAAAGGCCAAGAAAUGGAAGUUCGCACCAAAACUCACAUUGCAAGUGGGAAAGAAAGAAAUGAAGAUCACACAAGACAUACAAGAUGAAAAGAAGAAAGGGAAAAAGAUUAAGACAAUUAAAUUCCCAAUUAUUCCAUCGAGAGAUAUAACGUACGCCGUGCAGACUCAAAACCCACACGACGGUUCACCAGACGACAUUGUGGCUUGUAUAUACCUGGGAUACGUGCCAAGAACGCAGAGGUAUGUCCACGUGCACGUGUAUAGAUUCGACUCUUCCGAAACGGCCACGACGUUUGUACGGUUUUUGAACCACAUUAUCGCCUCAAAUGCUGACCGUACUCUCGAAAUCGAGCGACAACUUGCCCAGCAAGGCCAGAUCGAAGAUACCCCAAGUCGGGUCCCUAUCGAUGUACAUGUACGGACAAAUAACAUGAACCAUCAUAGGUUCAAUUCUUCCGAUGGAAUGAGUGACAGGGCUCAGUUUGAGGACUCUGGAGCAGAUUCCGGAUCUUUCAGCGACGAGGGCUUCCCAUCCGGAAGUGACGACAUUGACCCAGAUCUUCAGAGCCUCAAAGACGCCGUACCGUUCGAUUCCGUAACAGACGAAUUAAAAGCUCGACUACGCCUCACAGAAACAAAAGGUGCUGCACCACUGUUGCUCCCUCCUAAAGACUAUGAUACUGUAGUUAGACGUCAUGGUGAUCUUGACAAGGCGACCAAAAGAAAAUGUCUACAAAUUCCAAUCGUCGGCAGCCGACAUAGAAAUGGCUCAGAUGAAAGUGGUAUCGACGUCCCAUCACCUACUAGCUCAGAAGGUAAACCUAACUCCAAUCUGGAUUUGUCCGACGACAAAAUUUCUUCUUCAAUUCAUUCUUCCAAUGGUAUUUCCACACCGCCGACAACCCCGGGCAAUAAAUACGAUGUUUACCCACCUAUGACCUCACCACGGAGCCCACUUACUCCAAGAAGUUCUUCCAGCUACGAUCAAUAUCCACGUAGAUCAAGACCUGCGUCUUCCUCGGGUGUUCAUAGUAACAGAUCAUCUGAAAACUAUUCUUCAGGUGUAGAGCCAAGAUCAACGGUCAUAUAUAACGGACGAUCACAUGUUACUGAUAUACCUCCUGCUGAUUAUGAUGACAACGAUGCUCCAAUUAUGCGCCAAAAAGUGGGCAUGUACUCCGAAAGAGACCUUACAAAGAGCAUGCCAAGCGAUAUGCUUAGGCAAGAAAUGGACUACGGGUAUGCAGUUGUGCCAAAAAGAAUAAACAGACAUAGUGCUAAAUAUGGAAGUGGCGGAUCUCCACGGGUAGUCAGUGACGGACUUUCUCCACGGGUAGAUAUGAACUAUGGUGACCGCCGAAGUGGUGGUGUUAGGCGCGUGAAUUCCAUGUACAGAUGAAAAGGAUAAAACACUUAUUUAUAACAUAAAUAUUCGUAAAACCGGAAUAUAAGCUUGAGCUAUCACUAAGCACUUGGCUUCCAUGUAUCAAUACAUGUAUUGGUAGUAGCCGGAAAGGGAUAUGUUCUUCGUUUGAAGGGCUCAGUUAAGCAAACAAGCUGUGAUCUGGACAGUAAAGUGAUGAUGGUACACUUACAUAGACUGCCAUAAAAAAGGCAACGAAGUUAUACAUGCAGAAUAAAUAUAUAUUCCGUAUAUGUAUCAUUAGAAAACUUACGUGUAAAUUAAAAUGUUCAGUGGCAAGACGGUGUAACAUUAACAUGAAAAUAAAUGACAACGAUGUAACAUAAAACAGUUAGAAACAUGUUACAGAAACAAAUCUGUAAUGAUUUUGGUUGACCUGCCUGUCCUUAAACAUUACGGCUUUUACGACAUUUUCAUGAAAAAAUUUACGACAACAACUUCGCCUUUGGCUAUGUGUAAAAAAAUAAUCGCAUUUGUGAACAAGUGUUAAAAGCGGUUGUCAUGGCCGAACACGUAAUGAAAGUCCACUCGCUUAGACGGGCGGAAUGACUGUCGUUCAAUUGUUAAGCAACCAAAACACGUUACUACACCGACAUUAACAAGGCAGUGACACCUUUUUCGACAAAAGUAAUUGUUAGAUUUGACAUUUAGGUGUUUAUUAGUAAUUUGCGUUUUUUUACGCAGUUUACCUUUUUUGAAAGACGAUUAACACCCUAUCAGUUUCGUUACAUAUCAAUCUCUAAUAAAAAUGCAGUGACUUAAGAAAUUUAAAUGCGUAAUUUACUUUCUGAUUUAUCAAAUAAGUUUCAUUAUUUUACUUGAUGGAGACUGAAAGCGACUUUGUGCACUGUAGCAUAUAAGAAACAUAAUGAUUUAAAGUUUUGGUAUGCAAUUAUCUAAGCUUGCUUACUUUUCUUAAGAUGUAUCAAUUGUUGUAACGAUGUAAAAGUGACUCACUGGUCGCUGUAAACGUGCAAUUUUUUCUUUUUGUAUAAACUGUAAUUAUAAGUUUGUUAUGUACAUAGAAAUGUUUAAAUUUCACAGACAGUGCUUCAAGACGAAGCACUACUUUAUGUUAUAUAUUUGCUCACUUGUUUGUUUGUAACCUAUACUGUUCCUGUUUAACUUGUGACCGGGAUGGUAAAUGUUAUACUAUCCAAGUUUUGCAGUGUUAAAACUUACGCACGGGUCUGUGCACGGGUCUGAAUCCAUUGAUAUUUCGGGAGAAAAUCCAGUGAUUUUUCAUUUUUGUUUUGGCAUUUUACUUUUUUGUCUAUGUGUAUUUCCGAGAGACGAGUUAACAAGUGUACAAUUUCCUCUUAUGCCUUAUUGUGUAUAAUUAACGCAUAUUUGAAAAUUACUACAUUUGAGAUAAUGAAAGCAGAUUUUGAGCAAGGAUUUUGUAAAUCAGGUGUUGAAAUAUUUAACUGGAUUCAGAGACCGGCAUGUGGCUGUGGUAACAAUUUUGUGUUUCAUCACUAUGUCAAACAGUGUCCCCUUGUUGAGCACAUACCUAUUUUCACUUGAACGAGAUGCUAACAAGAUGCCACAAUGAUAACAUUGUAAAAAAAUAAUGUAACUUAACGCUUCAAAACGCGCGAACUAUGUUGAAUACUAGUUUCAAAUUUGGAAAAUUUCAUAAGCUGUUUAGUUUUAUUUGAAAUUUCAUGUUUUUGUGACACUUGAACUGCGCAGAUUUUAUGUUAUGCAAAGUUUUGUCUUAUAAACAAACGCAUAGCGAUCUAUUGUUUUAAAACAAACUUUGAAAUAAAGAGAAAAUGGUCGAUUUAAUAACAGGUGUUGCGAUAUACGUAUAGCAUUGCGCCGAAUCUAUUCGGGGGUUGUCAUAUUUGACUUUAUGUGAAAGACGUGAAUCAGGGCGCAACGCCCGGAGAUUUCGUUUCGCUUAUAGUUAUUUAAACAUUAAAAGCAUUGUUUAUGACAAGAACAUUGAUAUAUUAGACGAAAUACUAUACUCCUUUUGUUAAAAUAUGGGCUUGAAGUUUACCGACAUUUUUAAGAAAUAGUUUAAAAAUACAUAUGAAGUUUAUUUUACAUUUGGAACAUGGCCAUCAGGUUAGAAAUGUCAUUUUUAAACAAAAAGUAAAAACGAACUCGUGUAAUGCAUACUAGUAGUUCGAUAAAUAUGCGUAGGUUAAUAGUUAUAGGUGCUACAGAAAUAAAAAGCGAUUCUUCGUCUUUAAGAUGAUUUAACACAUUUAAAUUUUUUUAUUAAGCCAUUUUAAAUAUGUCAUUUAUACGACCAAAGUUUGACCGCAGGAAUUUUAAAAGACCAAAAAUGUUAAUCCGUGUCAAUAUUUUGGCAGAUGUUAUAAACUGUUACAUAUUUUUUUUUAUAAUUUUGCUGAUCAUUUAUAUAAACGUUGUCAUAUCCAAGGAUACAGACCUUUAAUGUCUGCCCAUGCUAAUUUGAAUAUUCAGUAAGCUGAAGCUAGGUGAAAAUUAAAAAUUAAUGUAAAUUAAAAGUAUUUCGAGACGUUUGUAUUCACGUGAUUUCAAAGUAAAGUACAUCUUUUAGACAAAUAUACCAGUAGUGUGCUAACUUCAUAAACAAAUAAGGCCUUACUGAAUAUAUUUUAAUUCGGGACAAAGUAAAUAUCAAAAAUUUGUUUUAUGGACUACUUAACGAGCUGUUCAAGUAAAAAAAGUAGUUCGGAAAAGGUAAAAGGUUCAUAUUUAGCAACAAAUGUAUUAUAUCGUUUUGAAAAGAGUUUUAAACAAACACUUGUGAAACUUGUUAAUGUUUUUUGAGUUUAAAGCGAAAAACGCCAAAUGGCGUUUUGCCAGGACACUCGUCAAGACAUUGGGUUUAGAGGCAAAUGUUCGUUACUUACAAUGUAUAUACACAAAGUAUAUGUGAUGCAUCUCGCUGUUACCACACAAAAUACCUCCGACAAAAAGCUGUACAAAUGCUUUAUACAAUAUGUGUUACACAAAUUAUUAUUAUUACUAUUUAUAUUAUGUCUGUGAAAUAUGUAACAAACACACACAAAAAACACGUCAAAGUGUAAACAUGUAAAUCAAAACGUUCGUUGUUAUAUAUUUGUAAUAAAAAUGUUGAUUAUAAACA